UAAUUAAAUUUCUUAAACAAUUAAUUAAAUAAGUCAUAAGAAAUACUUUUCAGAUCUAAUAUGACUGAUAUUUAAGUCUUAUUUGGUUGGAACUCUUUUCAAACUUGCUAAGCAGCAAGUACUUGUGCUCUUGCCUCUAUUGAAGAAAGCGGAGUUAUGAAUUGGUCUGAUUCUAAUUUGAUCGUAAGCAUCUUUUUCUACAUUGCUGCUUCUGGUGUAUAUGAUUUUUCUGUAGUAUCAUCAGCAAUAUAAAGAUAAGCAUAACUACUAGUUACUAUUCCAAAUCUUUAACAAUCGUUCGUAGCUGAUUUUAUGAAUGAUAGUCUCAACCUCUAUAUAGGAACUUUCACAGUAACAGAUCCAGGUUACUAUAGAUUUGAUUUUUAGGGCACUAACUCUGUUUUAAAUGAAAAUGAAGGAGAUUAUCCAGCUUUAUACUCUCUUGUUUUGCAUUAGGUUUAAAAUCCUUAGAAUUUUAACUUUGUUUAAGAACAAUUCUCUUCUUAUUUUGGAAGAAGAGGACCCUCAGUACAUUUUAGCUAUAAAUUAGAAUAAAAUUAAAACAUACAUUAAUUCUUCAACGAAGUGACUGUACCUGAAAACUUAGACACUAUUGGAACUUAUGCUAUGGCAAUCGGAUUUGAUUAUGGAUAUUUUGGUAUUUAAGUUAAUUCUGAAACAGAGAGAAGAGUUUUAUUCUCUGUUUGGAGUCCUCAAGAUACCGAUGAUCCUUCUUAAAUAAAACCAGAAAAUGCAGUCUUGCUUGUGGCUAAAGGAAAUAACACUGUUGUCUAAGAAUUUGGAAGCGAAGGAUCUGGUGGAUAAAGCUAUUUAGUAUACCCAUGGAAUGCAGGAGUUUCUUACUAAUUUAAGCUUGAAGGAUAUCCAUCUGAUGAUGGAUAUUCCGUUUUUACUGCAUAUUUUAAAGAUCCUACUCAACCAAACAGUGAUUAUAAUCUAAUAGCAUCUUGGAAGAGACCAAAAACAUAAUCUUAUUUGAAUGGAAUUUACUCUUUCUUAGAGAAUUUUGAGCCUGAAACAGGUCAUAUCACUAGAAAAGCAUAUUAUAAUAACUAACAAGCUUUUGAUAAAGAUGGAAGCAAUGUUAAUAUUAAAUAUGCUACAUUUACUUAUGACGAUACUGCUGCUCAAAGGUAGAGAUUAGAUUAUGAUGGUGGAGUUGAAUAAGGAAAUGGAUUCUAUCUUUAGAAUUGUGGAUUCUUUAAUCCAACUGGUAUCAAGACAGGAGAUAUUUUUAAAUUAAAUAACUACUAAUCCAAAUGA